AUGGCGCUUACGUGGACACAUAAAGACAGAGGAGAAAUAAGGGUUCACGAGAAUUUGGAGGAACUUAGCAUUGGUUUGGUAGAUUAUAUAGCUGAGAUAUCAGAAGCAUCGAUUCUAGAACAGGGUGCUUUCUGCAUUGCUUUAUCAGGAGGCCCUCUCAUUAGCUUGAUGGGAAAAUUGAUCGAGUCGCCUUACAACAAGAUUGUAGAUUGGGCUAAAUGGUAUGUGUUUUGGGCAGAGGAGCGUGUGGUAGGUAAGAGCCAUGAUGAUAGGAACUACAAGCAAGCCAUGGAUUAUCUCCUCUCUAAGGUUGGAGUGUUUCCGGGGCAUAUAUGUUCUAUUAACGGCAAAGUAUCAGCCGAGGAAGCUGCAUCAAAGUAUGAGUUUGCCAUCAGACAGAUGACAAGAAAACGAACUUUGACUCCGUCUGAGACCAGUGAAUGUCCCAAGUUUGAUCUGAUAUUACUAGGGAUGGGCUCGGAUGGGCAUGUAGCCUCGCUCUUCCCGAACCACCCAGCACUUGAGGUGAAAGACGACUGGGUUACGUACCUAACCAACGCACCUAAACCGCCACCAGAGAGAAUCACAUUCACUUUGCCAGUCAUUAACGCAGCUGCUAACGUCGCUAUAGUGGCAACCGGCGAAUCCAAAGCCAACGCUAUCCACUUAGCAAUCGAUGACUUGCCAUUACAAGACAGCUCUUUGUCUCUGCCUGCACGUCUGGUCCAGCCGAGUAACGGGAAACUGGUGUGGUUUUUGGAUACACCAGCAGGAUCUAAACUUGACCGGUUUAAAUUACCUGAGUGGAAUUUAGACUAG